AAAAAAUCAAUCCUCUUUUCUUUGUUACAUUUAUUUCAUUUAAAAAAUAAUCUUCAUUUCGAUCAAAAGAAAUGAAUUACAUCGAUGAAAAGCCCGAAAUAACGGCUAUAGAAGAUGCAAAGAUCAAGUUUGCCAAGGUUCAUCGUCCUGAAAGGACAAGAACAAUUCAAACCAUGGAAACCACUGGUUCUCGUAGACCCUCUAUAAGUGCUCCUAAACGUCCUUCAAGAAAGGAUAAGCCCGAGAAAAAAAAUGUUGAUAUUACUGAACAUUUGCUCACCCCAGAGGAAUGCGCCGACAAGUACAAUACACUUAUUGAUUUAAAGAAGGCGGGUGAAUCUCAAGGUCUGACUGCUCAGCAAGCUGCCAAUGUCUUGCUUGAAACCGGUCCUAACGUACUAACACCACCAAAAAGAAGACACCCUUUCUUGAAAUACAUCGAUUGUGUUCUUAGUCUAUUCAAUCUGCUCCUGAUUCUUGCUGGUAUUCUUGAUUAUAUUUUAUUAGCAAUUGAUUAUAAAGCAAACUUUGCCAACACAUACCUUGGUGCUAUCUUGAUCGGUGUUUCCUUGUUGAACGCCUUUAUUGAAUUCUAUCAGGAACAAAAAUCUCAAGCUUUACUGGAUUCUUUUCUUGACAUGGUUCCUGCCAAAUGUAUGGUUCUUCGCGACGGCAAAGUACAGCAGAUCGAUGCAGCUCUACUUGUUGUGGGUGAUGUUGUCUUGAUUCGUAUGGGUGAUAAAGUACCAGCGGAUCUUCUGAUCUUUUCCGCAUCCGAUCUCAAAGUUGAUAACUCACCUCUGACGGGUGAAUCGGAUCCCCAGGAACGUGGCCCUUUUAAUUCCCAAAAGAAUGUGUUUGAAGCCGAGAAUAUUAUUUUCAAUGGUACUUUAGCCGUCUCUGGUGAAGGUUAUGGUAUUGUUGUAAGAACCGGUGAUGGUACCGUACUCGGUCAGAUUGCUGGUUUGACUGCUGGUGAAGCAAAAAUGGAUUCGCCACUUUCACAAGAGAUUGCUAAAUUUGUAAAAACCAUUGCUACCAUUGCUCUCGUGACAGCAGGUGUUUUCUUUGGUAUCGGCUUCCCUGUAAAUAAUAACAAUGUUUCUCUUACACUUAACUUUGCUAUUUCUGUUUUCGUUGCUUGGGUUCCUGAGGGUUUACCUGCUACUGUGACUAUUCUUUUAACUAUCUCUGCUAAACGUAUGGCUGCUCGAAACGUGUUGGUCAAAGAUUUGCAAGGUGUCGAAACACUAGGUGCCAUUACUUUAUUGGCUACUGAUAAGACCGGCACAUUGACUCGUAAUCAAAUGACUGUGACCUAUGUUUGGUCUUGUCUUACCAUGAAGAAUGCCAUGGAAAAGCAUACGGGACAACCCCUUAUUGAAUCGCCUGGCGUAGAAGAGAUAAUGAAUAUUUGUACGUUGAAUUCCCGUGCCAAGUUUGACCGAACGGAUGUCCCUGUCUCUGCAAGACAAAUAUUGGGUGAUGCUACAGAGACUGGUCUUGUGCGUUUUGCUGGCGAAGGUUUUGGUACGAAGUUCGACUCGAUUCCCGAUCAAUACCCCAAAGUGUUUGAAAUUCCUUUUAAUUCCGAUAACAAGUGGGCGAUGACCAUUCACAAAAAGAAACAUUCCCGUGGUCUUUUAACUCUGUUCAUUAAGGGUGCUCCUGAGCGUGUUCUUGGUCUAUGUAACAAAAUUUUAUUGGCAGACGGUUCUUCUACUACCCUCACGGAAGAGCACCUUGCAGCUUUCCAAGAAACAUAUUCUUACAUGGCAAGUCAAGGUCAUCGUGUAUUGGCAUUUGCACAAGACUUGCUCUCUGGAACUGAGUACCCCGAAGAUUUUGUAUUUGAUAAGACAAACAAGAAUUAUCCCAUGUCUGGUAUGACCUUUGUAGGUCUUGUUUCUCUUGAAGAUCCUCCCAAGCACGGUGUCCGUGAAGCCAUUGGUAAAUGUCGUGCAGCUGGUAUUAAAGUCAUGAUGGUGACCGGUGACCAUCCUUUGACUGCUGAAGCCAUUGGUCGCAAAAUUAAUUUGAUGGUAGGUGAUACAAAGGCUUUAGCGGCUGUAAGACUGUCCUGUUCUGAAGACCAAGUACCUGAACACGAGUACAGCAGUAUUGUUGUUCAUGGUGACACAAUUGAUGCGCUUUCAGAGGAUGACUGGGACACCAUCUUUUCCAAGGAUGAAAUUAUUUUUGCUCGUACCUCUCCCAAGCAUAAAUUAGAGAUUGUGAAACAUGCACAAGCAAUGCGCCAUAUUGUGGGUGUGACAGGAGACGGUGUGAACGAUGCACCAGCGCUGAAAAAGGCCGAUUUGGGUAUUGCCAUGAAUAUCUCUGGCUCCGACGUUUCUAAAGAUGCAGCUUCCAUGAUUUUAUUGGACGAUAACUUUGCUUCUAUUGUACACGGUAUUGAAGAAGGUCGAUUGAUUUUUGUCAACCUGAAGAAAUCAAUUCAAUACACCAUCACGCAUUCUAUGCCUGAAGUGAUUCCUAACCUGCUGUAUAUUAUUGUGCCUAUCCCUCUUCCAUUGUCUGCCAUUCUUAUUUUGGUGAUUGAUCUUGGGUUUGAAUUGUUUGCUGCACUUACGUUUGCUUGGGAUAUUCCUGAAUCCCAAGAUGGGUUAAUGAAGAUGUGUCCUCGUAAGCCUGUUAACCCCGAGUCCAUUGACCGUCAUCGCCGUUCUUUAAUCCGCAAAGAGCAAUACAUCGAAUACAAUGAAGAGACUGGAGAGGAAGUACGUCCCCAUAUUUUCCGCCGUUAUCGUAACGCUAUUCAUGAAUUAUGUUCUGCUGCCUAUUGGAAAGAAAAGUUUGAAAAGACGGACGAUGAAGUCCUUGUAGAUUUACCACUAUUAUCAUGGGCGUAUUUAGAGAUUGGUAUGCUUGAAGCGAUUGGAGCUAUGACAUGUUAUUUUGUUGUGUUCUGGUAUAAUGGAGUUACACCGUACGAUGCGGUCAUCAUGCAACGCGGUGCUGGUGAACCUACCAAUUAUUUCCAAAACGGGCCUUUGUAUGCUCUUGAUUAUACCAAUGUGGCAGGCAAAACUCUGACUGCUGAGAUGCAAAAACAAGCUCUUGGUCAAGCGCAAUCGAUUGUUUAUUGGGGUAUCAUGGUGAUGCAAAUGUUUAAUAUGUUUGCAUGUAAGACACGUUUCAGUGUACCCAUCGGCCGUUACAUGUUUUCCAACAAGUGGACGUUUGCAGGCAUCAUGGGAGGUGUUUCCUUAGCCACUUUAAUUGUGUAUUGUCCUCCGUUUAAUAUCCCAUUCGGUACAGAUUACCGUUUGAUGCCUUAUUGGUGGUUCAUUGCAUUUGGGUUUGGUUUCCUUAUUAUUGGGUACGCAUGUAUUCGUAUUAAGAUUAGACAAAAGCUUAGUCCGGUGUCUUUCAACCCUGAUAUUCAAGGUUUACGCAUGUUCCCUACCAUUCGAACCGUAGCUACACAUGAUGCUCGAUCUGUGAAUAGAAUGGCUUAAAAAGGCUAUUCUUUCAUAUAUACAUAUAUAUAUUAAUCCCUAUAUCUCUCUCCUUUCAUAUAAUUACAUUCUAAAUAAUAAAUAAAUUGAUAGAUUUUUUUUUCUUCUUUGUGACUCUCCCUGAAAUUGAAAAAAAUUAAACUAUACUUGUUCG